AUGCCUCAUCGUGUCCUCUUGACCGGCGCAAACGGCUUCAUCGCCCAACACAUCCUCGCCCAGUUCCUGGAGGCAGGCCACUCCGUCCGCGCCGUCGUCCGAUCCCAGUCCUCAGUCGACCAGCUCCGCACCACCUUCGCCUCCUACGUGCCCGCCCAGCUCGACUUCGCCCUCGUCCCCGACAUCACGACCGUCGGCGCUUUCGACAGCGUCCUCGUGUCCGACCCGCCCUUUGACGUCGUCCUGCACACGGCCUCGCCCUUCAACUUCCGCGCCGGGAAGUCGAACCGCGACUUCAUCGACCCCGCCGUCAAGGGCACCACCGAGAUCCUCAACGGCAUCGUGCGCAAGGGCAAGGGUGUGAAAAGGGUGGUCAUCACGAGCUCCACGGCCGCCGUCGUCGACGUCGCCGCGCCGCCCGUCACGGACCCGCCCAAGAUCUACACCGAGAAGGACUGGUUCAAGGUCUCGCGGCACGAGGCCGAGACGACGGAGAACCCGGUCAUCCCGUACGUCGCCAGCAAGAUGUUCGCGGAGAAGGCGGCGUGGGAGUUCCUGGUCGAGAAGCAGCCGCCGUUCGACAUCGUCACGAUAAACCCGCCCAUGGUCUACGGCCCCGUCUACGACGCCUCGUACCUGAAGUCGCCGCAGGAGCUCGGGCAGAGUAACUUCAUGCUGUAUUACGGCUUCCUCAACCCCGAGCUGACCUCCGAGUCGCCUGUCCCGCCUGAUAGUCUCCACUUGUACAUCGACGUGAGGGACGCUGCGCGCGCGCAUUUGCUGGCGGCGACGAAGCCGGCUGCUGGAGGUAAUCGGUUCAUUGUCAGCCCUGGCGGGAUUACGAAUCAGCGGAUCGCGAACCUCUUCAGAGAGGCGUUGCCCCAGCUGCAGGGCAGGAUACCCAAGGGAGAUCCGGAGAAGGUCGCGCUCCCGGAGGGUACUUUCGGGUUGGACUCGGGGCUGGCGAAGAGGAUUCUGGGGUUGGAGUACAGGAAGGACGAGGAUACGUUCAAGGACGCCGCGAAGCAGUUUAUUGAGAUUGAGGAGAGGGGUAAGGCUGCCUAG